CUGGACCCCAUCUGUCUGCGUCCUCUUUCGAGCCGGAUGGAUCUGUGAGGCUCCCGGGGCCCGAAUGGGAGCGAAGACGCCCGCUGUGUAACAAUUGCAACGGAUCCCAGGGCCCCCCCCCCCCGACCCAGACCCCGAUGUCGCGAUUUUGUCACAACGUCGACCCCCGAGGACUCGACCCCUUCCCCGGGACCGGCUCUUCGUCCCGAGAGUCGCUCUGCGACCUGCCCCGAGGCCCAGCAUAGGCAUGGGGGCACACCGAGGCCGAACCCGGCGCACCAACCCCCCGCCGCGAUCCUGCUGCACGCCGCGAGGGGCCUGGAGGAGGGCCCCCCCCCGCGAGGCGGGCCUGCACCUCUGGGCCUUCCCCGUCGACGCGCCGCGGGGCGGCGCGGCGCCCCCGAGCGACGACGCGACGCCGCGGCGCCCCGACGCGACGUCGCCGCGCACGCCGGAGGGGCGCGGGCCCCGCGCGCGCCCACAGCCUGCCGAGGCCAUGGCCGCCGAGGGUGGAGGUUUAGAGCCUGCUGGGGGGCUCAGGUGGCCCAGCAGUGGUACCAUCGGCGAGACGGCGGUGGCACGCGAGCACUCGCUUGCCAUGCAGCCCGGGCCCCUGUACGUGUACAUGACCACCACCACCACCACGGGCAGGGUGGCCCAGGUGACCCCUGGCGGGCAGGCCGCCUGGAGCGCGGUGCGGCCCGGGUGGCUUCUGAAGUCGGUGGACGGGGAGCACUACACGGAGCCGCUGCUGCGCUCCAAGAUCCUCAGCGGGAGGCCGCACGGCACGGUCUUCAGCGCGCAGGACGUGCGGGAGCCGGCACGGAGCCCCACGGCGGCGCUGGGCAGUAGGCCCAGCGGUGCCCCCGGUGCUGGCGUCGGCGGGCAUGGCGGCGACGACGGCGUACCUUUGCCAUUCGAGACCCCCGCGAAGUCGCUCCGUAUCGACGACUGUGUCGUCGAUGUGAACGGCCAGAGGUCGAGGAACCAGAACCGGGACGACUUUGCCAUCGAGGUGGACGGCCAGAGGGGGUGCCUCGCGGCGGGCGUGGUCGCGAGGCUGCAGCAGCAGCAGCUGCAGGCCCCGGACAGCGCCGGUGGCCUGGCGCCCUCGCCCGAAGCGCAGCAGGCGCGAGCCUCGAGCGUUGACGGUGGUGCUUCGGCCAAUGCCACGAGCGUUGACGGCGGCGCUUCUCCCAUGUCAGGACUAAGCUUAACCUACCGCCAGGACGGGAGGCCAGGCAGCGCCGCUACCAGACCCAGCGCAAGAAGCAUCAGAGGUCAGCGAAGAGAAAGGAUACCGAUGCCGAUGCCCCUCCCUCCCCGCCGUGGCUGGAUUCGCCCCGAAAGAGUUGAGAGGAGGCCUCUUGGGAGAGGUCGGGGGAGCAGCGGUAUGGGCACCUCUCUGUCCUUCCGGCAGGAUGGUCAAGAAGAUGGUCAGGCGCGGUGAAGUCCUGGUGGGCACUACCGAGCCACCUCCGGGCUCAGCGGUGCCGACGAGCGCCGAGGGCGCGCCACUGUCGCCUGCGGCUGGCGAAGCGCGCGCUGGGUAGCCGGGCUGCGAGCGGAAGCGGGACGGCGAGCAGGUGCUGGUGGAGGUGACGCGUUCUUUGUCAGUGCAGGCCUAUGAUAUAUUCCCCGAGACCCAGUGGUUCGACGGCAGGUUAGGUGCGAUCGAAGUGGGCACGGAGGAGGCCAACAGCAGUUUUUGUCCGCUUUUCCCCGGCGGUUUUGCGCGGCCUCGCGGCCAGACACCGCGACCAAGGGGGUGGGGUUCCGAAGGGCGAGACCGCGCAUUAGAAAACAAAUCACGACAGCGGAUCUCUGGCCCCAGCUCUGGGAGCCAGGACUGCAUGCUGCCACGGCGCAUUUUUUUUGUGGCCAUCCUCCCCCCACGCGUUGCACGGCGUGGAGCCCUCCACCGAGAGGCGCUCUCUCGGCCUCGGCGCCAUUUGGGCCCGGCCCAGGAGCCGCGCGCGGCGGCGGAGUGACCGCUGCGGCCUCCGCGGGCCCAGCCGAGGUGCGGAGGUGAUGCUCUCCUGGGAGCAAAAGCGCACAGGCGCAAGGAGUCGCCGAUUCCCCGUGAAGACAUGGGA